CGGCAACUGACUGACCGUGACAUCACUUCCGCCACAGCUGAGACGUGUUGUGGUGGGACUGUGAUGGCCUCGGCGCCUAUUUACGGCGGAUUUUGGCACUUUUAGGCUAGAUUUAUACCACGUUCCGACACAGCUAAGGAUGCAACAGCCACCCACAGCAAUAAAUGGAGGGGGCCCAGGCCAGCCACCAUUCCCCCAGGCCCCCCAAACACGACCCCCAGCAUGGUCACCCGCAGUAAAGCCACCUGGGCCCUUGCCACCCUCAGCUGCUGGCCCUCCAAGACCAAGUAUGCCCACCAUGAAUGGCCCACCCACUGGUCCUCCUCAGAGACCCCCACAGGGACCCCCACCACCAAGAGCUUCGCUGAUGAAUGGUCAGUCUACCCCAGCAUGGUCUGCUCCAAAGCUGCCAGGUGGUCCUCCGCUAGGUCCUCCAAGUGGCCCGCCAAGUGGGCCCCCACCCCUCAAGCCUCCACCCACCACCACCAUGGCUAGUCCUCUAAUUAAUGGAUACCAGCGGCCGCCCAACACACCAGAAACGCUCUCUAACCAGUCCUCACGCCAGCCCUCCCCAUGUCCACCCCAGGGGCUGAGUGUGAAUGAUGUGAGGAGCUCCCCCCGAGAGUCCCCCAGGAUGUCACCCGUGCCCCUAAAGAUGGGGCAGCAAGGUACUCCGCAGCCUUCCAGCACACAUCCAGCCACCCUUCCACCACACCAGCCACCCACACUCACAACCUCAACUAGUGGCAGUGCCCUCAGCACACCCAAGCCAGCCAUGGAUGUGCCAUCACCUGUACCAAACUCCUUGAGUGCCACAUCCCCACUCCCAAACUCUGCCCACUCCAUUCCUGCUUCUUCUGUUGCCAAUUCUGCACCAUUCUCUGGGAUCCCUCACACUUCUGCUGGCCCUCAGAAGCCUCCUCCCACUUCCACCAUGGCACCUCCAAUGACACCCAACUCACAAGCAGGGCCAGGAGUGGCACCCAGAGGUCCUCCCAUGACACCACUGAGACCCCAGCACCCAGGCGGCCCUCCACCACCCCUUGGCACCUCAGGCACCCCAGGACUACCCCAUGGACCGCUGGCCGGGCCUCCGGGUCCAUCUCCUAGACCAGUGCCACCUGGUGCCAGCCAGCCUCCCAUUACCCCCUUCACCCCUGGAGCUCCUCCAUCCAUGGCAGCUCCUAGACCAACCCUCGGCCCUCCCCCAUCGUCUAUGAGUGGGCCUCCUGCCAGGCCAGGUCUUCCUCCAUCUUCAAUGGCGCCACCAACUGUUGCCAUGGGUGGUCCACAUCCCUCCGCCACACAUUUACCUCCCUCCACCACAGCUUUCGGCCCACCCCCACCAUCCACCAUGGCUCCAUCCUCCACAAGUUAUGGUCCACCACCAACUUCAAGUUUUGGCCCACCUCCACCAUCCACCAUGGCUCCACCCUCCACCAGUAGUUAUGGGCCACCACCAACCUCAUCAACUAUUGGCACCCCCACCACAUCAUCCUUUGGUCCACCCCCAGUGUCACCCUAUGGCCAGCCCCCCAGACCAUCUUAUGGCCAGCCCCCCACAUCAUCAGCUAUAGGCCCUCCCCCAACCUCAUCAGCUUUUGGCCAGCCCCCCACAUCAACAGCCAUGGGCCCUCCCCCCACCUCAUCAGCCUUUGGGCAGCCCCCCACCUCAUCAGCCAUGGGUCCACCUCCCACCUCACCCUAUGGCCAGCCUCCCACUUCAUCUUAUGGCCAGCCCCCCACGUCACCAUAUGGCCAGCCUCCUCCAAGGGGAAACUUCCCGCAGUCCUCCCCUGCUGGUGGGUCCUCCAUGCCUCGUUACCCUGGCCAGCAGUACAGCCAGGGUAAUGUGAACCAGCUGUCCCAACAACUUGGUGGGAUGUCUGUCACCAGGGACGGGUGGAACAAGGGCUGGGGCACCCACCAGAUAGACCUACUCCAACACAGACAAGUGGUGCCCCCAGGUGGUAUAGUGCCCCCCAAGCCAGUCCUGGCUCAGGAGUACCUCCCCAACUGUUCUCCCGACAUCUUCCGCUGCACGCUAACCAAGGUACCAGAGAACAAGAAUGUCCUGCAGAAGUCAAAACUGCCCUUUGGCCUCCUCAUCCAUCCCUUCAGAGACCUGGAGCAUCUCCCAGUGGUGAGUUGCAACACCAUCGUGCGGUGCCGGUCAUGCCGCACCUACAUCAACCCCUUCGUGGUGUUCAAGGGUGAUCGGCGGUGGGAGUGCAAUCUGUGCUUCAGGGUUAAUGAGCUGCCAGAGGAGUUCCAGUAUGAUCCAGUAUCACGGACCUACGGUGACCCUUCACGACGGCCGGAAGUGCGCGAGGCCACCAUAGAGUUUAUUGCACCCCAAGAAUACAUGCUGCGGCCGCCCCAGCCUGCCACCUACCUCUGGGUGCUGGACGUGACACGCCAGGCUGUGGACACGGGCUACCUCAAGGUGGUGUGUGAUGUUCUCAUCAGCCACCUGGACAAGAUCCCAGGUGACAGACGUACCAUGAUUGGCUUCAUCACCUUCUCCAGCAGUGUCCACUUCUACCUCAUGGGGGAAGACCAGAAGAACGUGCAGAUGCUGGAGGUGGGUGAAGUGGAGGACAUGUUUAUUCCUAACCCUGAGGACCUACUGGUGAACUUGGAUCAGAGUCGUAACCUGGUGGAGGACUUCCUCACCACACUGCCUGAUGCCCAUGCUGCCUCCUGUCACACCCAGUCAGCUCUUGGUGCUGCACUUCAGGCUGCAUUCAAGCUCAUGAGUCCCAUUGGUGGCCGCAUCACCGUCAUGACCACUACACUGCCCACAGUGGGUCCUGGCGCCCUCAAGCCUCGUGAGGACCCCAACCAGCGGGCCAGUAAAGACAUCCAGAACAUGGGCCCAGCCACAGACUUCUACAAAAAGCUUGCCCUGGACUGCUCUGGCCAACAAAUUGCAGUUGAUCUGUUUGCCCUCAACUCUCAGUAUGUGGACCUCGCCACCCUGUCAGGGGUAAGCAAAUUCUCUGGUGGCUGCAUCCAUCACUUCCCGAACUUCCACGUGGCAAGGAACCCAGCCAGCCAUGCACCAUUUGUGUCGUGCCUGAGCCGUUACAUCACCAGGAAGAUUGGCUUUGAGGCCGUCAUGAGGAUCAGAGCAACGAGAGGCUUGGCCAUCACAAACUUCCAUGGCAGCUUCUUUGUGCGGUCGACAGACUUGCUUUCGCUGCCAAACAUCAACCCUGACGCUGGGUUUGGCAUGCAGGUCAACAUCGAGGAGCCAUUGCAUAACAUCCGCACAGCUUGCUUCCAGGCAGCCCUUCUCUAUACUUCCAGCAAAGGUGAACGUAGGAUCCGGGUGCACACACUGUGUCUGCCCGUGAGUCCCAACCAGCACGAGAUUGUGACGGCAGCAGACCAGGAGGCAGUGGUGGGCAUGCUGGCCAAGAUGGCAGUCGAUCGUUGCCUCACUUCCUCUCUCUCAGACGCCCGUGAUGCUCUGGUCAAUGCUACAGUAGACGCUUUGAUGGCCUACCGUUGUGGUCUGUCACACCCUGCCCAUGGCACGCUGGACGCUCCACCCACCCUGCAGCUGCUACCACUCCUGGUGUUGGCUGUCAUGAAAUCCGUUGCCUUCCGAGGGGGCCUGAGCACUAAGCUGGAUGAUCGGCUCUUCACCAUGUGUCAGCUCAAGUCACUCCCACUGCGCCAGAUGCUGACCCAUGUCUACCCUGACCUGUAUCCUGUGCAUGCCAUGUCAGAGAAGGGGGCACUGGAUAUUGAUGACCAGAUAAUUCCCCAGCCUGGUCGUCUGCACCUCUCAGCAGAGCGUCUGGAGAGAUGUGGAGCGUACCUCAUGGAUGCUGGCAACACCAUCUUCUUGUAUAUCAGGUGUGGUAUCUCAUCUGCCUGGGUGGAGGCCACUCUUGGUGUGCCUAGCUAUGCAGUAAUACCACAGCCUCUCUUUGAAGACCCCCUGCCCGAGCUUGAUACCACCGAGUCACAGAUGCUGAGGAACUUUGUCGCUCACAUACAGAGGAGCAAGCCUUACCCAGCACCUAUUGUUGUCCUCAAGGAGGACAACCCAGCCAGGAUGCUCUUCAUCCAACACUUGGUGGACGACAGGACUGAGGGCUCACACUCCUACGUGGAAUUCCUACAGUUUUUAAAGUCUCAAGUGAAGUAAAUGUGUAAUAUUUUUUAAUGUUUAGGAAUAGUAAAGUGCAUUUUGUGUGCAAACUAUAGCGAGUGGGUGACCAGAUUUUUGGGAGAAUUGUUCGGUUCCUAAGGUGUCAGCCCUGUUUUAUAUUUUAGUCUCCAAGCCAAGGUUUCCUGUGAUCAAUAGGUACUCCAUUUUGGUACUGAGGUGUAACUAAAGGCUGUCAGUGAGAUGACUUGCAAUGUCCUUCUUUCAUACCAGUCUAGCUUUUGUAUAUGAUUUUUGUUUAUAUUGUAGUUUAAGUGCUUUCAUGAGAGAGAGAGAGAGAGAGAGAGAGAGAGAGAGAGAGAAUGUUUAUUGGAAAUCACAUAUUUGCUGUAACUAAGAAGGACAAUUGUAAUGUCAAACACCUUUUUAUCCUUUAUCAGAAAUAGUUUGAUGCCUGUUAGUGUUGCAGUGAGUGAGUGAGCUGUGUCUGGUUGUGGAAGAGCGUCUUGGACAGGGACACACCAGGGGGUCGCCACACCAUUCAGAAACAUUGUAAAAAAUGCCUCAAAGUUUCCAAACAAAAGUUGCAUUGGUUCAAAUAAAAUAAUUUAUAUUUUACAUGUCUCGCUUGUCCACAGAUGCUAUAGACAAAUAUAUACAUAAAAUAAAAACAAGGAUAUAUGAAUAUAUACAUAUAUAUAUAUACAUACGUUGCUCAAUAAUCUUGUUUAUAUAUGGAAGUGUCUGUUAGGCUUUGCUCUGCUCUCUGUUUGGGACAUGCUUCACCCUGGUAGCCAGAGGCAGUUGUGUUGGGGGCAAGGUGUUGGGUGUUCUUCCCACUGUACUCUGUGGUGAUGGCAAGGAACACUCAAUUCAGCUGAUGAGGUGUGUCAGGGCAGAAAUUAGUGUUUUCUCUCAUUUUGUAUAAUUUUUUUGAGGAAAUCUUGCCCAGUCUAUGUUAGGUUAUAUUACUAUUCCAGUCAAAGUUAUAUCUGAUUGCUUUUGUGGUUGUUCAAGACUACUGUCAAGAUGGCUGUAGUUUUUUUCAGCCAAUGUAAUACUGGGGUGGCAGCAAAUACACACACACACACACACACACACACACACACACACACACAUUUUCAACACUAGGGAUGUAUAUACUCGUAUAUGCUGUACAUAAUACACCCUUGCUCCAGUGCUGGUGGUAGUCAGUGUCUAGACAUCAUAUGCACAAGUUAAUGCUGAAUGUUUCUUUAAUUUGUGGUCAGUGAGAGGAAGUCCUUAUUUAUAUACUACUUUGUUACUUUUUUGUAAUUUUUGUGCAGCUGAAAAUAGUGCCAAUUACUGUAGCUCAAUUUCUUUGAUGAACAACAUUCAUGGAGCAGGAGUGCUGUGGGAUCUCUUGUUGAAGGAAUACAAAGAGCAUCUGCUAAAAGGCAAUGUUAAACAAGGACUUUCAUCUUGGUGUGGAUAACAAAUGUUACUCUGCCAUGACCAAGCAAACUCUCAAAACUUAACUGGAAAAACAAAAUAUAUUUUAAUGCAUUAUUUUAAGGUGCAAUGGAGUAGGAAGGAAAGUGGACCAAAUACUAGUUAAUUUUUAAGAAACUUUGGAAGCAGUUAGUCUUGAUCACUUCAAUUUCUUCAUCCACUAUUUUAAGACCAAUAGUAAUUUGAGUUGGAAGUGUAUUGCUCCUUAAAAAAGGUGUUUGAUAGAAAGUGCAUCCAUGAACAAGAAGCCACUAAAUGAAUUGCUUGAUUGCUUAACUUUUAGACUUGCCUGCAGAUAAUUUCAGAUUGAGCAAAAGCUUCAGAAGUCAUGCAAUUGAAUUAAAAGUUAAAUCGAUUUAGCAUCAGGUACAUCUGCUUACAAUACUGUGUUGUGGAAAAUCUAGAAUUGAAUAAGCUGGGCUACAUACACAGAUUUAACAGUACAUGUCAUGAAUGGAAGUUUAGUUUUGGUAUGUUAGCCAAAGUUUAUGCUAUAAAAGAUAUUUUUUACUUCCUUCAUUCCAGUGCAGGGACUUAGUUUUGUAACUAAACAGCUCUUUGGUAUAUGGAGUGUAACAAGUCAUUAGCAUUGAGUGUUGCAUCUCAGUUGAUUCUGAACUGAUGAAGUGAAAGGACUCAAACUGGUCUUGCCAUAAAUAUCUAUACACCCGGCUAACACCCAAUGAAGGGGGAUAAUUGAUACAACAUAUACACAAAAUUAAAAUGACAUCUUGCCUGUUGGCUUCUAAGGAGGGCAAGGGUCAAUCCACAUUAGCCAUUCUGCACAAGGGCUUGUGUUGUAUCAGGGCCUGACAGUGACUUGGUGUACUACUCAUGCUGCACCAUGGUGGACCCUUUCCUAUUCCUGUAUCUGACCCUAUCAGUUGACCUGAUCAGAUGAGGAUGAACCUCCCAUAGAGGCCUUUGGGUCACAAUCCAUUUAUGCAUUCACAUCUCUCCUCCUUUCCUAUCAUGUACAACCCCUCUUCUUGCCAGAUGAAUUGAUUACCACAUGUUAACCUGAACUGAAUUUUACUAAGAAUAAUCAGUACUGGUAGAUAAAUUGCUAAAGUAAGUAUGGUCAAGGUGCAAAGUGGCGUAUCUCGGCAUGGCUUGUGUGAAUGCAGUAACUCAGGAUGUACAAGUGAAAUGUUGAGGUCGUAAAUUAAGAAAUUGUCACAAAGGCAUCAUGUUCUGAUAUAGCAACUGUAUCAAUGCACAUAAUCUCAGUCAUCGCUGUUGCUUUCAAGCUGAGCAGAAGUGAGGCUGAAGGAAGCUUUCAUUAGUGUUAUGUAACAAACACCUGAAUCUAAUUUCUCCACCUGAUAGAUGUAGCAGCAAAAAACCUAGUCAGAGAAAUAUAAAGUCAAAAUACUCCAUGGAAGAAGCUAAGGUUGUGCUUUGAGAUUUGGCUGCAACAGCUUAGUGCAUCAGUGUGAGAAAAUUAGAUGGAUGGACAGUGUGCCAGGGUGAGAGUGCAACAAGUAGGAAGUUUAAAUUUGACUGUCUUGAGGACUGGAAAGCUUAUUGGAGUGUGCAUUGUUGUUGUUAUUAUUAUUUUUUUUUUUUUUAUAGUCAUUGCCAUAUCCAAAGCACUGGAGUAAAGGUGGUCACUGUACAUUUCCAAGAUGGUGAGCGAGGGAAGAGAGCACAAUAAAAUGUUAUGAAUCAA